AUGAAUUUCUUUUCCCAAUUCGGUGAUCUGCCCACCAUUCAGACCCGAAAGGCCCUUCUUCUGCUUGAUUUUGAGAAUGAUUUCGUGCGAGAGUCCGGUGCUCUUUACGUCCCCAACACCUCCGAUUUCCUCGAGACCCUGCCCCAGCUAGUCAGUGCCUUCCGUCGCAAUGGCGAGGUCGUUUGGGUGCGUUCCCACUACGAGUCGCGCCGACCGCUGGUCGGGAUGGAUUUGCAGGACCUGGUGGUGCUAGGUCGGGCGGAGGAUGCGUCGAGGAAGGGAUCGGUCUCGAGCGAGUCGUUGGACAAUGAGAGCUUGGAACCGAAGGGUCCCGUCGACGAGGAGGCCUUUCUCUCCACAGAAACCCCUCAAUGCUGUCUCCCGCAGUCGGCGGGGGCGCAGUUCCCGGCUCCCAUUCUCGCCGCCAUCGAGUCCGACGACACGCUGAUUGAGAAGUCAGACUACUCCGCCUUGCAGGACCAGGGCCUUAUCCUGUCCCUGCGCACGCGCUUCGUCACCGAGUUGUACCUGUGCGGUUCCUUGUCCAACAUCUCCGUCUAUGCCACCGCCCUUGACGCCGUGCGACACGGCUUCUCCGUCAACCUGAUCGAGGACUGUCUGGGUUUCCGGAACUUCCCCCGCCACGAGGAAGCCAUGCGACGCAUGGCGGAUAUUUUCGGUGCCAAUGGUAUUACUUCGCAGGAGCUUAUUGAAGAGCUGGAUUGGCAGGAGACCGAUGCGAUCGCUCGCAAAGGUGAGCCCCGACCGGCACGGUCGGCAAUUCCGUCCGGGAUCGAGGGAGUUAUGGACAGCCUCGACUUUCGCCGAACUCGCAAAUUGGGCCCUCCGGAAGGGACCCCAACGUCGUCAGGCAAGGCCAAUUCGCGUCGUAACUUGGAGGACAUUCUAGCAGAGUAUUCUGAUGACGAAGAUGGAGAUGUGCUGGAGCUGGUUAAACUGACCCGCGACAGUUCUCGCUACGCGCGAGCCGGAUCCCAAGCAAGCCCGCCACAAUCGACAGACAAGAGUUCACGCCCACGUGUGCGCCGUUCGAGACGUUCAGACCCGAAAACCGAGUCUGGUCCGCGGCCGGAGGCUCGACGAAGCGCCAAACAAUCGAAGAGGUCACCGGGUUUCCUCAAACCGGGUGAUCGGAUCGGCGAGGGUGAUUCUCGCAUCAUCCACGACCUCGACCUCGCGCCCGAUGCUUUCGAACAGAUCCGCAAUGAGGUAGCCUGGCAAAAGAUGUACCACAUGUCUGGACAGGUCCCGCGCCUUGUCGCCGUCCAAGGCCGUCCUCUAGACGACGGAUCGAUACCCAUAUAUCGUCAUCCUGCGGACGAAUCGCCCCCGCUGCAUACUUUCACGCCCGCCGUGGAUCGCGUACGUGCCAUUGUAGAGCGGAUACUUGGGCAUCCCCUGAAUCACGUUCUCAUUCAACUGUAUCGAGACGGGCAGGACCGUAUUUCGGAGCAUUCGGACAAGACUUUAGAUAUUGUCCGAGGGUCCUCUAUUUGCAACGUCAGCCUCGGCGCUCAGCGGGUCAUGGUUCUCCGGAACAAGUCACAGACCAAUGAAGAAGACUCAAGCCGGCUUUGCCAACGCGUACCAUUGCCGCAUGAAUCACUGUUUAUCCUGGGUGAAAAGACCAACAUGCGAUGGCUUCAUGGUAUCCGACCCGAUAAGCGUCCAGACACGGAGAGAUCGAUGGAAGAGCGUGCAUAUGGCGGAGAGCGAAUCUCGCUGACCUUCCGACACAUCGGCACCUUUUUGAAACCCUCGGGCGACACCAUUUGGGGCCAGGGUGCUAUCUCGAAGGAUCAAGGGCAGGCCAAUCCUGUCAUCCACGGUGAUUCCGCCGAGACGGAACGGCUGAUUCGCGCGUUUGGAGCUGAGAAUCAUUCCACCGAGUUCGACUGGCACGCCGUCUACGGAAGGGGGUUCGACGUCGUCAAUUUUGUCACUACCUCGACGGUCAAACUUGUUCUGGGCUCGGACCUGGUGGCUAAUCUCCGCGUUCUGAUCUACCUCGGGGAGCACGGCAUUCGCUAUGAUAUAGAUGAAGCGCAGGUGGCGAAACAGAGCAACAAGGAAGUCGCCGAACAACCGUUAUACAUUGGCCCCGAUGGUACCAGUAUCACCGGCGAUGUUCAAAUCAUGACCGACCUCUCGCAGCGCGCUUCCGAGCUGACUCGUCCCGGAGUCGAGAUCCUGCGCGGCGGCAGCCAUCUGCCUGCGAUCCACAAGCUUCUCACAACUUGGCGUGCGUACCGAGCCCAAGACCAACCGGACGUGCUCAAGGCGCUGGACACAUUGGAAGAUGUCCUAGAGGAACAGGCCUAUCUCAGUGGCGCCACGUUCGGAAUCGACGACUGCGCUUUCUGGCCCGUUCUGAGGGAGAUCAUGCACGGCAGCGAGCCGCUGUCUAACAAAGUCCAUCCCAGCUUGACCCUUUACUACAACAGACUGGAGAAACGGGGCGUUGUCCGAAAGACACUAGACGAAUUGAAAUUGAAAUGA